GUACAGGGGUGCCUGGCGUACCUCCCUCUGGCAAGCGAGGACCUGGUUCGGAUGCCACGCCUCUUCCUAAAGCGGAGCUUGAAUCCAGGCUUGCAAUCGUCAAGGUUGAGGGCCACGAGGUGAAGCCUCACACGGUCUCGGUGCUCCUGCCGCACGAGUUGAUUCACUGCUUGUCGCAAGAUGCAUUCGCGUUUAACAGCAUCUUUCUUGGGAACAUAAGCGAGUCUGGUCGUGUUGGGUUUUGGAGGCAUGCGCAGAACCUAGCUCCGCGGAGAAACCAUCCAUGCUUUGAACAAGAAAAUGUUUCGCUAGCAUCAUUGGUGCCUUUAACGGUACAUGGGGAUGGAGCCCAGUUCUUCAGAGAUGACGAGCACUAUGUUUAUAGCAUUUCAUCACUUUUUGGGUGCAAUGGAUGCAUACAGACUACACUUCUGAGCAAGUUCCCCAUUGCUAUAAUUCCUGAGCGGUGGAUGCGCUCCUCUCAAGCUCAAAAGUCUGUGAACCAGACAGUGGCGCAGCUGGUGGCCUGGUCGCUCAAAUGCUCCAUCUCGGGAGUAGGGCCUGACGUCGGGAUGUACGGUGAGACCUUGACUGGGUACAGGGCUGAAAUGAGAGGAGUGUCUUUGGGCCCUUGGAAGGCUGCGUACUUUGCUUUCAAGGCGGACCUAAAGGCUCGCAAGUGGAUGCAUUCCUUUUCAAGGUACUACAAGUCAAAACUGCAAUCUGGCUCGCAUACAGUAUGCCAAGGUUCUUUUUUUCACAUGUGCCGCCCAACAACACCUUACUUACUCAGAUCAAAAUGGGUGGAGGGAGCCUUCCAAUCAGCAAACCCUCUGUUCGGACACAUUCGGACACUUCGUAACAGCUGA